AGUUGGCGGUGUCCCUGCUGACUGCAGGGGGGUUGUUGCCCCUCUCUCGUGGAGGGAACGCCGCGCAAGCCCGGGAUGGAGGCGGCAACCUUAAAGCUGCUCCUCCUGGACCCGGGAGAUGAAGGUACCCAGAGGUGCAGGAUGGGACCUGCCACCCUCUCCUUUCUGGGAGCCAGGCUCGGCGCCCCGCUGAGGAUCUCUCUGCCUACUGGCUGCUGCUUGUGCACGGCGUGGCCCCGGCACGAUCUGGCGGACGGGUACCUGCAGGUUGAUCUGACCUGCAGGACCGCGGGCCUAACGGCACGGGACCUGAAGGGCCUCACGGUGAAUGCCGGCCAGCUGGAGCUUCUGGCCUAUCGCCGGUUAGAAAAGGCGACUGUGAAAGUGGUCCUUAAGAGCUCUGCAGUGAAAAAGUCGACUCCCAGAGCAGUGUUGCAGGAGACGAUCAGAGAACUGCUAAGAAAUGUUUAUGUUUUGCUUCAUUAUGUUGUUACUGUUGCCCCAAAUCUUGAAAAUCCUGUGGUGUAUAUUGAAAUACUCUCUGUAGACCCUUUGACGGAUGAAGCUGGGCUGAUAACCCCCCAAACAAGCAUAAAAAUUAAGGAGGUGGUCACUCUUGAAUGGUACAGACAUUUAUCAGAAGAUGCUGGAAAAGCUUCAAUUGCAGGACUAGAUGAUGUGGGAAAGUCUUUGAAAGAGAUGAUUGAUCUGCCUUUCCGCUUCCCAAAAACUUUUAAGAAGCUGGGGCUUUCUGUCCCUAAUGGGGUGCUGCUAAUAACAAUUUGUGGCACAAUUUAAGAAGGCAAAGGGGGGUUAAUCUGUUUCGUCUGUGGUAAUCUGUUUUGCAUCAGUGGCCCAGCCCUCUAUGGUUCAAGACCAGGAGAAAGCGAAGAGAAUUUGCGAAAAGUCUUUGAGAAGGGCAGAGAAAUGUCAUAUGAAGGCCCAACCAUUCUCUUCAUUGAUGAAGUUGACUCUUUAUGCCCAAAGCGAGGAAGUUCAAACAAUGCUCCAGAAGAUCGUAUUGUUGCGCAGUUGCUAACGCUACUGGAUGGUGUAGGUAGUGACGGUAGGAUGGUCGUUAUGGCAGCAACAAACAGGCCCGAUGCCUUAGACCCUGCACUGAGAAGACCUGGCAGAUUUGACAGAGAGGUGAUUAUUGGGACACCAACACUUACGCAAAGAAGAUCUAUUCUGCAGUUGCUUACAUCUAGUAUGCCGAUUUCUACAAACGUUGAUUUGGUUAAACUGGCAGAAAUGACAACUGGGUAUGUUGGAGCUGACCUUACAGCACUCUGCAGAGAAGCUGCUAUGCAGGCUGUGUUCCGCAGCUCUUUGGAUUCAACUGAAAUGGUGAUUAACAUCACAGAUUUCCAAGAAGCUUUCAAAAAAAUUCAACCAUCUUCUUUUCGAAGUGCAAUUGGACUAACAGAGUGUAAACCUGUCACUUGGGAGCAAAUUGGUGGUCUUGAAGAUGUGAAAUUAAAGUUAAAACAGAGUAUUGAGUGGCCUAUGAAAUUUCCUCAGGCAUUUGCUAGGAUGGGCCUGUCUCAUCCAAAGGGUAUUCUUCUCUACGGGCCAUCAGGGUGUGCCAAAACCACGCUGGUGAAGGCUGUGGCCACAAGUUGUCACUGUUCCUUUCUCUCUGUAAGUGGUGCUGACCUCUUCUCACCUUAUGUUGGAGAUUCAGAGAAGAUAUUAUCUCAGGUUUUUCGCCAAGCAAGAGCAAAUACUCCAGCAAUAAUAUUCCUAGAUGAGAUUGAUUCUAUCUUGGGAUCUCGGUCACACUGCAAAACUGGCCAUGGUGUCUCAGAGCGGGUCCUCUCUAUUCUUCUCAAUGAGUUGGAUGGUAUUGGGCUGAAAGUCACAGAAAGAAGAGGAAGCAAACUACAGCUUGAGGGCCAACAUCAAGAACCAAGUGAUGAGGAAAGAAAGCUAGAGUUUCAGGAAACUUUGAACAAAGAUUUCAUGGUAGUUGCUGCAACAAAUAGACCAGAUAUGUUGGAUGAUGCCUUACUGCGUCCUGGAAGGCUAGACAAGGUGAUCUAUAUUCCACCUCCAGAUCUACAGGGAAGGCUCUCCAUUUUGAAAAUCUGCACAGAAAAAAUCCCGUUAGAUACUGAUGUGUCAUUACAAGAUGUGGCAGUCCUAACAGACCUCUUCUCUGGAGCUGAUAUUGAAAAUCUGUGCAAGGAGGCUGCUUUGUUGGCAUUGCAAGAGAAUGGACUUGAAGCAACUGCCGUAAAACACGAGCAUUUUGUAAAAUCAUUGAGGACUGUAAAACCAUCCUUAAACUUAAAAGACUUGGAAUUUUAUGAAAAAUUUUAUAAUCAAGAAUUAGCCUCUUCAAUCAAAAAGGAGUGAUGUGGCAUAGGUAUUUUUAAAUAUAUUACAAAGACUUCGCAAUGGCUUGCAUCUUUCCUGCCUUUUAAUACUGUACCUACUGUAGCUUUCAGUGUGUAUGAAAUACAGUAAAAUUUCAUUUAUGAAAAAUCUGUGAUGUCAAUAAUAGAGAAUAAAUUAAAAUCUUGUUUGCCUUGGCUAGGUUUCCAUCUAAUGAAACAAGUAAUUGAGAUACUUAGAUAAAACACUG